AUGGUUGUGACCCGCUCCCAAACGAAAUUAAGCGCACAACUCCACACUGGUGACGCCGGCCCACACACUACUAAUGCCAACAAAUUUUCUAACUUCAUAACCAAUGCACCCCAAACCCCGCCACGGGAAGAACCUCUUGGGCGCGGUUGCCGUAUUCCGCGACCGGCGGCCCCAACAUAUGACUCUCUGUAUGUCUCUGAGGCGCUGACACGGCGGUCUAAACAGCCUGCUGUACAGGAACUCCAAAUCAACACUCGCUAUCCCGAGAGGGAUGCGGCCAAGCGGGCGGUGACCAAACUGAGUGACACACUGGAGUUGCUUGAUGGGAGUGGGGCGGGACCGUCCGAGUCAUCGGAUGACAGCGACGGCAACGACAGAUGUGCUAUGCAUACGGAUGGAACCCCCACUCGGAAGGUGCCGCAUGGCAGAUUCAGGUGUAAUGGUACUCCGGGUAAAGUUGUGACACGCAAACGGGAUCGCGACGAGUCCGUUGACUCUUCCAUCACAGAUGAGUCUCUUCGUCGGGGCUCACCCGAAGAGGAGGCUGGAGGUUUAUUAUUCGAGCACUCGUCCUUGGACCUAUCCUCGGAAGAACCACUGAGCGACUGUGAGGUGCAGCGGGCGAAGAAAAACGCUAAGGUGUGCGUAAGCAAGAACAAACCCAUCAAUCACUACCUCAGCGCCGAAAUAAAGGAAACCUCACUGGAAGACAAGAAGGGGUUGUUCGGGGCAUCGCGCGGAAGCCGUCAGCGCCGUACAGAAGAUGUUUUGUUGGGAUUGAGUGGGGCUGACGAUGCCGCCCACCGCCGCGAACCGGGUCUCUCAAAAGAGGGCAAUAACAAUGCACUUGGGGAUAUCACACCACUGAAUCUUGACACAUCUGUUACUUUUGAGAAGGUUGGAGGUCUUUCUGGACACAUUGUGUUGUUACGUGAAAUGGUUCUGUUACCACUGAUGUACCCAGGAAUGUUGCAGGCGAUGAGUCUCUCCCCUCCACGAGGUGUGCUCUUUGUUGGCCCACCGGGAACGGGGAAAACUCUCAUGGCGCGAGCGCUCGCCAAUGAGGGUAUGCUCCAUGCCAACCAAAAAAUAACAUUUUUCAUGCGUAAGGGAGCUGAUAUCCUUUCCAAAUGGGUUGGAGAAGCAGAGCGGCAGCUAAUUCUUCUGUUUGAGGAGGCCAAGCGCCAGCAACCAAGCAUAAUAUUCUUCGACGAGUUGGACGGCCUCGUUCCCGUAAGGCACGCAAAGGCAGAGCAAUCGCAAGCUGCCCUUGUCGCUACUCUGCUGGCGCUCAUUGACGGCCUCGAUGACCGUGGCCGAGUUGUCGUGAUUGGCGCUACCAACCGGCCGGACACAAUCGACCCUGCACUUCGACGCCCCGGGCGCUUCGAUCGUGAACUGUACUUUCCCCUACCCGAUGGAGCCGCCAGGCGGCAUAUCCUCGAUAUUGUGACGAAACCUAUGCUGCCCGCUGACCGCCUUGAUCGGGAGGAGAUUCUGCAGGAGCUCACCGACCGGUGCGCAGGAUGGACAGGGGCUGAGAUACAGGCGGUGUGUACGGAGGCAGGUCUGAAUCGGUUGCGCACGGCACUGCCACAGAUCUACACCACCAGCAAGAAGUUACAAAUCCCCGAAGGUGCUUUGAUUGUUCAGCGGGAAGAUUUUUUUAUCGCCGCGCACCGGGUGAAAAAUUCCGCAAGACGCGUGACGACUGCUGUAGGCGAUGGUCUUGAUGAGCAUCUUGAGCAUCUGCUCAACAGUACGCGAUGCAAGUUAUUGUCAUUUGUCGCAGCGAGGUGGCCGAGUGCUUCGACUGCCCUUGCAAAGGAGAAGAGAGACUGUAGCAACUCCGCUGAUGCAGUACGGGAGCUGAGCAGUUUUCCAAUAAGUAACGUGGCGCACCCCUUUCUGCUUUUUCUCACAACGGAAGCUGUCGGUUGUGCAACGGACCGUGAGGACUCUGAGUUUGCCGUACAGAAGGCAGCUAUUGCUCUUACGAAGGGACUGCCGUCGAUUCGAGCUUUCACGCUUUAUCUUCCGCAUCUCGUGGUGGACCGUGACGCUUCGGGGUUGUUAGGUGUUCGAACCACGGGCGACCUUGGCCCACUCAGUGGUAACCUCACCUGCGGUGAGGGAGGAGACGAUCUCAGAGACAGCAAUCGUUUCGACACAGGCCACAUUUAUAGUUGCAUCGCGGCUGUGAGGCGCUGCAGCGGCCCCUCGCUGGUGAUUCUGAAAGGCUUGGAGGAGUGGCUGGCCGAUCACGCCCCCGAGGUCGACGCAAGUUUCGGAUGUGGGAACAAAUGCGGCAUCGGGCGCUCAAACGAUGUGGAUAACCUUUGCUACUACCUAAACUGCCUGCGCGACACGGAUGCACUCAUUAUUGCACCCACUGUUCGACGCGAUGUGUCCUCCACCUUCUUUGCCGGCAAUCGCCUUAGUAUACAGUUGCGUACGGCUGUGUGCGAGGUGCCGUGCACGCCGUCGGAUGAUGACCUACGUCGCUUCUUGAGUUAUCUUCUCCGUGUGGUGGACCUUGCGCUAAAAACAUCCGCGCCCAUUAAUUUACAAGAGCUUCCCGAAGAUCUGUCGCCACCACCUCCGCUAUCGCCAAAACAAGUGCGUGCGGCGUGGCUUGAUGAAGUGGACUUGUGGCGUCGUGUGGAUUUUCGCAGGCGCCAGUUGCGUCACGUACUUACAAAGUGGGUGGGACAGUAUAUAAACAACAAAAAGUUUUCUGUGUUCGUCAGUCGGAACCUCGACCUGACCCCGACCCAUGACCUUUACAACCACUGGCAACAACACACAAAUGGAAGACAGAUUAGUCUUUCGGAUGUGAUGAUGAAACUUGAAAACGAGGAGUAUACUAGCUUAUCGCAAUAUAACAAUGACAUUGAUAUGUUAGUUAACAAUGUAAGAUCGUUUUUCCGCACAGUGUCAGCCUUCGAUCUACGGUAUCGCGUACGCGCUUCCGAGCUUAAAGAGCUGACUGUGCUCAAUCUUUACAAGAUCAAUCGUGCUGUUGUCUCUUUCUGCGAGAAACACAAGGACCUUGUAAUGCCUGGUGCCCCGCCGCCAUGUUCUACCGCUGAUAAGGCGCUGCAAGAACCACCCAAAACACCGCAGAGAGGGACAACCGGCGCUACUCCAACGCAGAGGAAGAAGCCCAGAUAUUAUGGCAUGAGACGACGUCGCCGUCCGGCAAACCGCGGUGGUCGAUCUUGCCAAAAGAAAGCGCCAGUUGAAAAUGUGGAGCGUGAUCAACCACGCGAGGCGGAGAUAGACGUGCUGGGCAGCAGCGGUAGCCGCGACGACAACCAUGACCGAGAGGAGAAAGCUAGAAGGAAGACGGAGAACAUGGAGGUGGAAGUCAAAAAAAUGGUCGAAGAGGAAAUGGUGGAAGUAGACGGGGCACCUGUGGAUGAAAGUAUUCCCAGACGCCUGGAGGUAGAGCUUCCACAGCAGUGUGACAUCGCGGGACUCGCACCUGAAGACGGCGAAGGCACCGAACACGCGGCGGAACACCACUCACCUGAUGGAACAUACGGCAGUGCGGAUGAAUGGAUGGGUGUCAUGCUCCUAAAGUUAAGGGGGUUUUCAUUCCUGCGGCUACACCUUGUCAUGCAGGCGGCCAUGCGUCUGUUGGAGAGUGAGGUUCAGAUGAGGCGUGUGCGGGGAGAACAUCAGCAGACCACGGAAUUUGAACCGGCAUCGUCCUCGCGUGAGGUUUCUCCCUUCAAGUCGUCCAUGACCUUUUGUUCUUGGAUGCUUUUGAAGGCUGUGCAGGAGGUGGAGGUGGUAAGCUCAAACGGAUGA